AUGCUUCGAAGAUGGCGAACGAGAGCCGUGCUGUUAUGCAUCGCCUUCCUCUUUCUACCCCUACUCGAGCCGGUGGAGGCCCGAGUGCCUGGCAUACGAUUUAUGAGUGAUCCGAUCGACUUGCUGCUCCAGGAUAGCUACUCUUCCCUGAAGCGGAAGAGCGCCUACAACCGCGACAAACCGCCGCGCACAAGGAUCAUUAUCACUACA